AUGGACAUCAUAUUUGAGCAAUCAUCCCCUGUGCUCCGAGAUUUUCGACACCCUCUCGGCCCACCUUCACUGCAAAAAUGCAGAGAUACAGGCUCCAAUGUCCCCGCUGUCGUUCAAAUACAGAAUCCUGCUGCACCUGGAGAAAUCGACGUCCCAGAAACAUCCGUUUGCAGGAAAUUGAAAUGGGAAACCGUCCCCAGUAUAUUCACCUCCCUGUCAAUCAUGGGCGAUUAUAUGGGGCAGCAACGUGCGUGGGGUGAUACUGAUGAUAUGGAUGUGGACUGUGAUGGAUGGGUUGGAAACGUGGACGAGAUGUCUGAAGACCAUGGCGACGAAAGUAUUUGCAUUGAAGACAACAAACUGAACCGGCUCUUGCUGCAUCACGCUUUCAUGGGAUUUACUUUCGAAUCAGCACCACUCGCGAUGCGCACAAUAUUGCGCGCUUCCCCGUUAGUGAAAGAGCAAACUGAAAUGGAAAUGAGCAAUCUUCCCCUUGACACUGAGGAUGCUGCGCGGCGCUUCAAGCAUCGGAUGCUUGUUUUUAACAUCCACAUGCUAUCGACUCUUCUGACAGCCCCGUCAGGAUGGGCCUUCACUAUUGCCCUCGAAUCGAGUUCGUGCGUUGGGGUGAAUGGUCUUCAGGCUCGAUUAUGUGUCUAUGGCCCACGUGCUAGCCACCUCUCUUUCCAUUUGAUUGGUGUAGAAAAUGCUCCCAGUGAUAUCCAGAGGCUGCACGAGCUCCUGUUAGCAAUAUCUCCGACCUUCCAUCUUAAACUUCUCGGGUUAGUCACAGAUUUGGAUGACAAAGGGCAAGUUACGAAGGCUCAGAAAAUGGUAUCCGCUACAGCAUGCCAUUUUGCUAGGCUCGUGCCAGCGAGGAGGCCUUUCUAUUCUUCAGCUCUCGCCAAUCAUCGGAAACGGCCUCCACUUUUGCCUGCGGAGCUUGUGGCUGCUUCUGCGGAAGAGGUUAAGGAACUCGUGCAUGAGUACCGCAACAUGUUGGAAGCUUCUUGGAAUUCAGAAGACAUAGCAACAAUUGAAAGACAACACGAAUUGCUCAGGAGGGAACCAAAAGAGAAUUUUGUACAAGUCGGACUUGUUUCAGACCCACCUAUCAACCAGGGUAUGGACCGAGGCAGGGAUCAUAAACUCCAUAAUUUCAAUCAGGCAUGGCAAAAACUUGGUCCCCGCUUCGGCAAACUUCGUGACUUCACCGGAUGCCUCGCUACCGCCUAUAUGUAUGCUCCAAAGCCAAGGGGUCCAGUAAAGAUCGCGAAAAUCGAGUCUAGGCCCAGCGUUUGGGGCCCAAAGGAUAACCAGGAGGAUGCGGAUGUGGAUGCUAGGAAUGUUGUUCUGCAAGCAUGUCAGUUCGAAGAGCUGCGAUCCUACUUAGGUGGUUAGUGCUAGUCGUGUGCCCGUUUAGGCCGGCAUCUCUUGACCUUUAUGCUGGCCCCGCGAUGUAUUUCAGGAUUGGACUUCAUGCAGAACGCACAUGACAUGUACAGUGUAGCAGCAUUCACCGGUGGUCCACCCCCAUGUGCGUCAUGGGAUCUCGGCGACCAAGUCGGAACCUGUCGAAAAAUAUUGUUUGUCUAAGCAGUAGCGCUAGAAUUGUAGAGGGCCGGGCUUACUAUGUCGUGAUUUUGCUCGCCCUUCUCGGACGGUUCCCAAACAGGCAUUACUCGUCGCUUCGACGAGAGGAUAGGAUGCCUCGGAAAGCGUCACCCUCUGUCUGAAUCGAGUCACCGGAUUUGCCUACUCUUUAUAAAUACAAUUGUU